UUCAUCUUUUUUCUGGUUCUCCGGGCUGUUUGUGAGCCGCGGAGCUGCCGCGGGUCUCUGCCGGAAUAUAGCGCCUCUCCGCCGGCCCGCAGCAGCAGGUGCGGUCGGUGUCGGACGGGGUUCGGGUUCGGGCUGAAGGCGAAACAUCGGCGCUUUAAUCUCCGGAUUUUAGAUGGAAACCUCGGACAGACGGCGGCGGGAAUCAGCGGAGGGAUUUUCUGUGAUUUCAGUUAGUAAAAUCAGCUUAAAUUAAAUUCACUGCAAGUGAUUUUAGUCCAACCAUCGGCAGAAUAACGCAGGUUAUAGCGACACGGUUCUUACAGCUGAUUGACAGAUUAAAUCUUUAUUUUUUAUACUGACCUUCUCUGCACUAAAAGGUUCCUGUGGGUUCCGGUUCUGCUGAGUCUCAUUUAACGUUAGAGCAGCCCAGAGGAACCACAUCAGGAACCCUGCAGAUGAGUAAAUAAAAAACACCUUCAUAAUUAAACUGUUUCAUAACCUUGUAAAAAAAGAGAUUUCACAACAUCUGCAGAACCGGUUUAUUUUAUUUUGUCGUAAUUUGCGGUAGUUAAAAAUAAAAUUAAUUUUAAAGAGACUUUAAACAUUUACCAUAAAAAACGAAAGGAAAUAUGUUUAGGUUAAAAACAUCCAGUAAAAUGUUCCUUAUUUAAAGGACCUUAAAAAAGAGAUUUCAGAACAUCUGCAGAACCAAUUUAUUUUAAUUCGUGUUUGCUGUUUGUCUUUUAAUCCCCAAAUUCCUAAAAACAUCUGAUGUAGGCCUAUGAGUCAUUUUAAAGUGAUUUUCCUUAAACUACUGUAACCAAAUAUUUACCAAAACCAUCUAUUGUAAAAACUGAUGGACCAAUACUAAAUAUUAAAAAUAAUGCGUUUCUGUGAGGUUAAAAACAUCCAGUAAAAUGUUCCUGUGGGUUCCUGUAAGUUCUGUUUGAAGAACUGCAUCUUUUACCUGAAAACACUGGAGGUGAAACACAUUUAAACGUUCCUGUAAAGUUCCACAGCUUGACAUAUUUUCUUCAGUGUGAUAUUUGUGGACGAGCGUCCUGAUCAGCUCCAGAUCAGUCGCAUCAAUAGUCACUUUUUUGUUGGUUUGUUUCACUGAAACAUUUAGUGUCUUUACCGCCCGAUAACCUCAACACAUCCGAAGAUCUAAAGUAGCUCAACACUGAAGUAUGUUUGGAAAGUUGACGGCUAAAAUAUUUUAACUAGCAUUAAUUUAAGGUUUGGACUGAGGUUCAUCAAGCAGCCUGAGUUUACACGGACCCCUGAGACCACCUGACCCAACUCUGAGACCUGAAGGACUGAAGCUUUUCUGCUGGUCGUCAAAGGUCAAGACGUUUAAACCUCAACAGAAAAACUUUUCAUUAGUUGUUUAUGCGCCGACUCGCUGCCUCUGUCUGAAACACAAUCGUCCACUGAGUUUGGGUGACUUGGCUAACAUUAGGCAGCAGCAGCGAGGCCGGAGCUAUGGGACGUGUAGCUGGAUGUUGCACAGUUACAGAGACUUCAGCCGUGGACUACAGCUCCCAUCAGCGAUAGGACCUGCAGCAGAUUGGAUGGACACGGAGACGAGCGUCCUUGUGUUGGUACAGGAGAGAGUUCUGGUAGCAGAUGCGACAUCAGCGUCGCACAGGACGGAUCGGACUUCCUGGUUCAAACCUAGAACACGUUCUUUUUCUUCUCUGCGGAUCUUUAACGCUGAGUUUGUAGUUUUAAGCCGACAUGUCGGAUAAGACGGCGCCGCGCUGCCAGCUGAGGCUGGAGUGGAUCCACGGGUACCGAGGCCACCAAUGUCGGAACAACCUGUACUACACCGCGGGAAAAGAGGUGGUGUACUUCGUGGCAGGGGUGGGCGUGGUGUACAACACCCGAGACCACACCCAGAAGUUCUACCUGGGACACAACGACGACAUCAUCAGUCUGGCGAUGCAUCCAGAUAAGAUCCAGGUGGCGACGGGUCAGGUGGGUAAAGACCCGUUCAUCUGUAUCUGGGACACCUACGCCAUGCAGACCGUCUCCAUCCUGAGGGACGUCCACACUCACGGAGUGGCCUGUCUGGCCUUCGACUCUGACGGACAGCGGCUGGCGUCGGUCGGUCUGGACGCCAAGAACACGUUGUGUGUUUGGGAUUGGAGGAGAGGAAGAGUCCUCGCCACGGCAACCGGACACUCAGACAGAAUCUUUGACGUGGCCUGGGAUCCGGUUCAGUCCAGCCGUCUGGUCAGCUGUGGAGUCAAACACAUCAAGUUCUGGACUCUGUGUGGAAACGCUUUGACCCCCAAGAGAGGGAUUUUUGGGAAGACGGGCGACCUGCAGACCAUCCUGUGUGUCUCUGCGGCCAAAGACGAGCUGACGUACUCUGGAGCUCUGAACGGAGACGUUUACGUGUGGAGAGGAACCACGCUGAUCAGGACUGUGCAGGCUGCACACGGGCCGCUGGAGUCGCCCCCUGCUGGCUGCUGGAGAGGACGCAGGUUUAAGGCUUCACUUUUCAGAUCCAGAGGUUCCCACAUGGCUGGGAUCUUCAGCAUGCACGCCUGUGAGGAGGGAUUCGCCACCGGGGGACGAGAUGGCUGCAUCCGACUGUGGGACACCGACUUCAAACCCAUCACCAAGAUCGACCUGAGAGAGGCUGAGCAGGGAUACAAAGGUCUUUCGAUCCGCAGUGUUUGCUGGAAGGCCGACCGGAUCCUGGCGGGUACGCAGGACAGCGAGAUCUUCGAGGUCAUGGUCCGAGACCGCGACAAACCGGUUCUGUUGAUGCAGAGUCACAGUGAGGGCGAGCUGUGGGCGCUUGACCUGCACCCCAAACAGCCGGUCGCCGUUACCGGGAGCGACGACCGCUCUGUCAGGCUGUGGAGUCUCCCUGAUCACACUCUGCUGGCUCGCUGUAACAUGGAGGAAUCUGUCCGCAGUGUUUCCUUCAACAACGACGGCUCUCAGCUUGCUCUGGGGAUGAAGGACGGAUCCUUCACAGUGCUGCGUGUCAGGGACAUGACGGAGGUCGUGCACAUCAAGGACAGGAAGGAGGUGAUCCAUGAACUGAAGUUUUCACCAGAUGGUUCCUUCCUGGCGGUGGGAUCAAACGACGGGCUGGUGGACGUCUACGCUGUCGCCCAGCGGUACAAGAAGGUGGGGGAGUGCAGUCGCUCUGCCUCCUUCAUCACCCACUUGGACUGGUCAGUCGACAGCCGCUUCCUGCAGACCAACGAUGGUGCCGGAGAGCGGCUCUUCUAUAGGAUGCCAGCGGGUAAGCUGCUAUCUAAAGAGGAGGCAAAGGGGAUCCACUGGAUGACAUGGACAGGCGUUGUUGGGACGGAGGUGAACGGCAUCUGGCCCAAAUACUCCAACGUCACCAAUGUGAACUCUGUGGACGCCAACUACAGCAGCGCCGUGCUGGUUACAGGAGACGACCUCGGCCUGGUCAAACUCUUCAAGUUCCCCUGCCCAAAGAAAGGAGCCAAAUUCAAGAAGUACAUCGGUCACUCUGCCCAUGUGACAAAUGUUCGCUGGUCCAACGACCUGCAAUGGGUCGUCAGCACCGGUGGUGCCGACCAUGCUGUCUUCCAGUGGAGGUUUCUUCCCGAGGGCGUCAUGAACGGUGUCCUGGAGCCCCUCCUCCAAGAGGGUUACGCUGACUCCAACAGUGGAGAGUCGGACUCAGAUGUCUCGGACGUCCCGGAGCUCGACUCGGACAUCGAACAGGAAGCUCAGACCAGCUACGAGCGUCAGGUGUACAAGGAGGACCUGCCUCAGCUGAGGAAGAAGCUGAUUGGUUCCCUGAAGCGGCAGAAAGCUCCGGAGGAGGGGCUUCGUCUGCAGUUUGUUCACGGGUAUCGAGGCUUUGACUGUCGUAACAACCUGUUCUACAGUCAGGCAGGGGAGGUGGUGUACCAUGUGGCCGCCGUGGCCGUCGUUUACAACCGGCUGCAGCACAGUCAGAGGUUUUACCUCGGCCACGACGACGACAUCCUCAGCCUCACCGUGCACCCGCUCAAAGACUACGUGGCCUCUGCACAGGUGGGCAGAGACCCGGCCGUCCACAUCUGGGACAUCCAGACUCUGAAGUGUCUGUCGCUGCUGAAGGGACACCACAGCAAAGGAGUGUGUGCCCUGGAGUUCACAGCGGACGGGAAGAGUUUGAUCUCUGUGGGAAUCGAUGAAUUUCACUCGAUCGUCAUCUGGGACUGGAAGAAAGGCGAGAGACUGGCCAAGGCCAGGGGCCACAAAGACAAAAUCUUCGUGGUGAAGAGUAACCCGUUCAGGAUGGACAAACUGGUGACUGUCGGCAUGAAACACAUAAAGUUCUGGCAACAUUCAGGCGGCGGUCUGACGUUUAAACGGGGGAUUUUCGGGAACCUGGGGAAGCAGGAGACGAUGAUGUCGGCGUGUUACGGCCGAUCGGAGGACCUGGUGUUCUCCGGAGCCACCAACGGAGACGUUUACAUCUGGAGAGACACGACGCUCAUCAAGACCAUCAAAGCCCACGACGGCCCCGUGUUCGCCAUGUGCUCCCUGGACAAGGGUUUUGUGACGGGAGGGAAGGACGGCGUGGUGGAGCUCUGGGACGACAUGUUUGAGAGAUGUCUGAAGACGUACGCCAUCAAGAGAGCCGCUCUCUCUCCGUCAUCUAAAGGUCUGCUGCUGGAGGACAACCCGUCGAUCAGAGCCAUCACUCUGGGUCACGGUCACAUCCUGCUGGGAACAAAGAACGGAGAAAUCCUCGAGAUCGACAAGAGCGGACCCAUGACGCUGCUGGUUCAGGGUCACAUGGAGGGCGAGGUGUGGGGUUUGGCGGCUCAUCCUCUACUUCCUAUUUGCGCCACCGUCAGCGACGACAAAACUCUGAGGAUCUGGGAGCUGUCGGCCAAUCACCGCAUGGUCGCCGUCCGCAAACUCAAGAAGGGUGGGCGGUGCUGUGCCUUCUCUCCUGACGGUAAAGCUCUGGCCGUCGGCCUGAAUGACGGCAGCUUCCUGGUGGUAAACGCCGACACGCUGGAGGACAUGGUGACCUUCCACCACCGCAGGGAGCUCAUCUCAGACAUACGAUUCUCCCAAGAUGCAGGGAAGUACCUGGCCGUGGCGUCCCAUGAUUCCUUUGUGGACAUUUACAACGUUCUGACCAGUAAGAGAGUCGGCAUCUGUAAAGGAGCCGGCAGCUACGUCACACACGUCGACUGGGACUCCAGAGGUAAACUACUGCAGGUGAACACUGGAGCUAAAGAGCAGCUGUUCUUUGAGGCUCCGCGAGGACGCAAACAGAACAUCAGCGUGGCCGAGUUUGAGAAGCUGGACUGGGCCAGCUGGACGUCUGUUCUGGGUCCGACCUGUGAGGGAAUAUGGCCGACGCUCAGCUUCGUCAACGCCGCCUCGCUCACCAAAGAUCGCCAACUGCUCGCCACCGGAGACGACUUCGGCUUCCUCAAACUGUUCAGCUUCCCGUCCAGGGGCCAGUUUGCCAAGUUUAAGAAGUACGUGGGUCACAGCACCAACGUGACCAACGUCCGCUGGUCUAAUGACGACUCCGUGCUGCUGUCGGUGGGCGGGACCGACACGGCGCUGAUGAUCUGGAGCCGAGAGCCGCCGGGUCACAAAGAGAGCAAAGCUGUGGACAGCGAGGAGUCGGACGACGACACCGAGGAGGACGGAGGGUACGACAGCGACGUGGCACGGGAGAAGGUGGUGGACUACGUCACCAAGAUCUACUCUGCCAGCAUCAGGAACAUGUCAGGAACCAGACCUCACCUGCAGCUCAAGGAGCCUCCGGUGGAGGAGAGGCCUCCCGUGAGUCGAGCUGCACCGCUGCCUGACAAGCUGCUGAGGAACAACGUGACCAAGAAGAAGAAAGUGGUGGAGGAGCUGCUGCUGGAGCACGUCUUCGGCUACCGAGGCUUCGACUGUCGCAACAACCUGCACUACCUCAACGACGGCGCUGACAUCAUCUUCCACACCGCCGCCGCCGUGGUCAUCCAGAACCUGUCCUCCGGAACCCAGAGUUUCUACCUGGAGCACACCGACGACAUCCUCUGUCUGACUGUCAAUCAGCACCCGAAGUACCAAAACAUCAUCGCCACGGGACAAAUCGGUGACAUCACUGACCUGCCAGGCCUUGCUCCAUCCAUCCAUGUGUGGGAUGCAAUGACCAAGCAGACGCUGUCCAUCCUCCGCUGUUCCCAUGCUAAAGGUGUCGGCUACGUCAACUUCAGCGCUACAGGAAAGCUGCUGUUGUCUGUGGGGGUGGAGCCUGAACACACCAUCACAGUGUGGAGGUGGCAGGAAGGUACCAAGGUAACCAGUAAAGGCGGACACGCUGAGCGGAUCUUUGUGGUCGAGUUCAGACCGGACUCUGACACCCAGUUUGUGUCAGUGGGAAUCAAACACAUCAAGUUCUGGACUUUGGUCGGAGGUUCGCUCGUGUACAAGAAAGGAGUGAUCGGCUCGGUGGAGGACGGCCGCAUGCAGACCAUGCUGUCCGUCGCCUUUGGUGCUAACAACCUGACGUUCACCGGCGCUAUAAACGGAGACGUGUACGUAUGGAGGGAGCACUUCCUGGUACGAGUGGUGGCGAAGGCGCACAGCGGUCCGGUCUUCACCAUGUACACCACCCUGAGGGACGGACUCAUCGUCACUGGGGGGAAGGAACGGCCGACUAAAGAGGGCGGUGCGGUGAAGCUUUGGGAUCAAGAGAUGAAGCGUUGCAGAGCAUUUCAGCUAGAGACCGGCCAGCCGGUGGAGAACGUCCGAUCCGUCUGCAGAGGGAAGGGUAAAAUCCUGGUGGGAACCAAAGAUGGAGAGAUCAUUGAGGUUGGAGAAAAGAACGCUGCCUCCAACACCAUGAUCAACGGACACACUCAGGGAGGGAUCUGGGGUUUGGCGACUCACCCUUUCAAAGACGUCUUUAUCUCUGCGAGCGAUGACGGCACCAUCCGAAUAUGGGACCUGGCUGAUAAGAAACUUCUGAACAAGGUGAAUUUGGGUCAUCCUGCCAAGUGCACCUCCUACAGUCCCAACGGAGAGAUGGUUUCCAUCGGCAUGGAGAACGGAGAGUUCAUUGUCCUGCUUGUCAACUCCCUCACCGUCUGGGGAAAGAAGAGAGACCGCAGCGUCGCCAUCCAGGACAUACGGUUCAGUCCAGACAACCGGUUCUUGGCAGUGGGUUCAGUUGAAAGUGCUGUGGAUUUCUACGACCUCUCUCUGGGGCCGUCCCUUAACAGGAUCGGCUACUGUAAGGACAUCCCUGGCUUCGUCAUCCAGAUCGACUUCUCUGCCGACAGCAAAUAUAUCCAGGUGUCCACCAGCACCUACACUCGGCAGGUGCAUGACGUUCCCUCGGGCAAGAUUGUCACAGAGCAGUCUGUCAUGGAGAGGAUCACCUGGGCUACCUGGACGAGCAUCCUGGGUGAUGAGGUUCUCGGCGUUUGGCCUCGUAACACUGAGAAGGCGGACGUUAACUGUGCUUGUGUUUCCCACGCCGGCCUCAACCUGGUGACCGGAGACGACUUCGGCCUCAUCAAGCUCUUUGAUUUCCCAUGCUCGGAAAAAUUUGCAAAACACAAGCGUUACUUUGGUCACUCUGCUCACGUGACAAACAUUCGCUUCUCCUGUGAUGAUAAGUAUGUCAUCAGCGCUGGAGGCAGUGACUGCAGUUUAUUUGUGUGGAAAUGUCAGUGAGAUCUCCAAAACCCUGAGGAGGUCACCUGAGUCCUCCGUCAGAGUCUCUUCUUCUUCUUCUUCUUCUUCUCCUGUGAUGCUGCACUCACCUCUGCUGACGCUUCAGUCCCUUUACCUGAGAUCACACAGGGCAGGAGAAACAAACAGCGUCUGAGUGUUUAAAUCUGCACAAGCUGCUGCUGACAGACUCAAACCUGUGACAUGUCUGCUGCGGGACGCUCUGUUCCUCCGCCAGCGGUCUUUGCUGUGACGUAGGUGUUCUUGUACAUUCAGAUAUAUUUAAUGUGAAACUGAAGAGCAAGCGUUAUAUUUCAGGUCUCUGUGUACAAACGUUUAAAUGUUGGUAACUUUGUCAAAAAUAGAUCCAAAAAGAUGAGCAAGGUGCAGAUAUUCAGUUUGACCUCUUUAAAAGCACUCGUAGCUGUUUAACGUAGCUGUUUCUGUUUGUCAGUAUGUGCCUUUUUCACAAACUCUGACCAAACAUUUGAUACAACUUUAUUUAUAAUCGUGGUGCUAUCAAACGUGAUCAUUUAGGGCUCUUUACAUGUAUGGAUGAUGAAUACUGUAGUUGUAUUGUUUUGUAUCUCGUACUGUCUGAUGAUGAUGAUGAUGAUGAUGACGAAGAUGCAGUUAUACUUCACUGUACUGAGAAGGCUACUAAAGUGAAGUAGAAAAAAAGGUGUUAAAAUAAAAACUAGUUUGUUUAAUAUUGUUUUAAAAAAGUAAAAGAAUUCUACCUCUAACUACAAUAAAGUGAAACGAAAUAACAAUAAUAAAUAUUUAAGGUAGAAAAUAGAUAUUUACUAGAAUGACAUUUUCAUUGAGCAGUCCUGUCCACCAGAUGGCGCUGUGUUUUCUCUGUUACUUGUGUCCUGUAGAAAUAAAACCUGCUUUUGAACAUCUGAA